AUGUCUAAAAGACACCAGACCCAGACUUCUUUAAUGCAAUUUGUUUCAAAAAGAAGCAAAACAGCAGCUGAUAGAAAUGAGUCUGAUACAGCUGCAGUUCAGAAUGUAGCAACAGCCUGUACUCAAUCUAGAACAGAUAUUGAAAGUAGUCAAAGCACAGAGCAUGUCAUGCAGUCUGAGGAGAGAGUGAGUAGCUCAGGAGCUGAACAACACCUUCCAAAUGAUAUAGCACAGCACAAGUCUGACUCUCCUCAUCAACCAUCAGGAAUUACGUUUCCAGCUCGAAUGUUUGGGUCAUCAAAAAGAAGCUUCCAAGCAAGUUGGUAUGCUGAUUACUCUUGGCUCGAGUAUUCUAUUGAGAGAGAUUCAGUAUAUUGUUUUCCCUGUCGCUUCUUUGGGAUAGCAGCCGACCAGUCUCUAACUCGUGUAGGCUUUAGUGACUGGAAGCAUGCCAGAGGCAAGAGUGGCACAUUAACAGGUCAUGAUACCUCCUGCUCCAAACAUCAUCUGGCUGUACUAUCAUGGAAGGAAUACCAGUCUACGGUUGCCAAUAAUAGUUCAGUAGCAGUUCAGCUAGAUAGAUGUAGACUUCAAAUGAUAGAGGAGAACAGAUUAUAUGUGAAAAUAAUCUUUGCAGCUAUUUUGUUCUGUUGCCAACAAGGCAUAGCACUCAGAGGCCACAGAGAAGUGAUAGAUUCUGAUGACUACUCAGUUAAUGUAGGUAAUUUCAGAGCUUUGAUGGUGUUGUUUAGCAGAAGUAUUGAUAUAGUGAAACAGAGAAUGUUUAAUGGUCCCAAGAAUGCUACAUGGCUAGCAAAAGAUAUUCAAAAUAGUGUAAUAUCUCUUCUUGCUGAGUCAGUAUCUUCAAUGAUCAGGGAAGAGUCACGUGUUGCUCGAUAUUACACCAUCAUUGCCGAUGAAACGAAGGACGUCAGUAAGACUGAGCAGUUAGCACUUGUUCUUAGAUAUGUUUUAGAUGGCAAGACACAUGAGCGUUUUAUUUCCUUCACUAAAUGUGAGGAGCUAGAUGCUGAGGCCAUCUUUACAUAUAUCAUGACGGGAUUGAGAGACACAGGCGUUGAUAUCAGUAACUGCAUCAGUCAAUGUUAUGACGGUGCAUCCGUAAUGAGCGGCCAUUUGUCAGGAGUGAGGAAGAGGGUCACUGAUCUCAAUCCAGCUGCCAUCUAUAUACACUGUCAUGCACACCAGCUCAACCUUGUUCUUGUUGACACUUGUAAGAAGGUUGAUCAUGCUGCUAGCUUCUUUUCAUUACUAGAGUGUGUGUAUGUCUUUCUGUCAUCUUCUGUUCCCCACUCCCUAUUUAUGGCAAAACAGAAGGAGCUUCAUUUUACGAGGGAGAUUCAGCUGAAAAAGCUCUCAGAUGCCAGGUGGUCAUGUCGUCAUUCUUCAAUUAAAGCAGUCUUGACCACAAUACAAGCUCUUCUUCUCACCCUAGAGGAACUAUCAGAAGACAAUAAUACUAGGAGUAUUGAAGCCAGGGGCUUACUGCAUCAAGUUAGCUCUUUUCAGUUCCUUCUAUCUCUCAUUCUCUUUGAACGUAUCUUCUCCAUCAGUAACAAUCUAUCUACUUUACUUCAAUCACAGAAGAUCAGCUAUGCUGCAGCAGCCUCCUGUAUUAAAGGAACAAUGCUUACAAUUGCCAACUUACGAUCUGAUGAUGAGUGGUCUCAAAUAUGGGCUCAAGCAGUUUCUAUGGCUGAAAAGUGUAGCAUCACUGUUACUCCUUUAAGACAGAGACGCAGCAAUAGACUUCCUAAACAACUAGAUAGCUUUGUUGUUGAUUCAAGCGUUGGUACUAGACCAGUCAACACCACAGAUGAGUAUAAAACUCAAGUUUACUAUGCCACCAUUGAUGCCAUUGUUGAAGAAAUGGACGAGAGGUUCAGUGAACUAAAUCUAUCUCUUCUGAAAUCUCUGGAGCCACUGAUUCCUAACUCUAGCUCCUUUCUCGAUUUAACAGUUCUGAAACCUGUCCUUAACCACUACAACAUCAGUGAAGCGGCAAUCGUGGCUGAAGUUUCAACUGUGAAGAUAUUUCUUGAUGAGAGGGAUCCAGACUCUUCCUCAUUGCACGAUGCCUACCAGCAACUGUCAAAGGUACCAGAGUGCUUCCCAACAGUGAUACAGUGCUAUCAGAUAGCCAUGACUAUUGGUGUCAGCAGUGCUACGGCAGAAAGAAGCUUCUCUUCCCUUAGAAAGGUUAAAACCUAUUUGCGCUCUACAAUGACACAAGAUCGUCUGUCCAAUCUAGCACUUCUGUAUAUAGAAAGAUCUUUGUCAUCUAAACUGUGGGAUAAGCUUGACGAAUUGUUAACUAGCAAUUAG